GUGCAUCACUUCAGCCCGCUGGACCCCCUGUUCCGCCACCACGUCAUGCACUGUACAGUGUCACUAGUGUGUCUUAUAUGCUGGUCCAUGGUGCUAGCUCGCUACAUUGAAGUCUUUGGCUGGGGAUCUUUCUUUUAUCACUAUGUGAUACCAGAUUUUAUUUUUGCCACGUACACUGUCAUCAUUACGUUUCUUCAUCACCACGAUGACGACAUUCCCUGGUACGGGGACAGUCUGUGGGACAAUGUGCGAGGGCAACUGUCAUCCGUGGAUCGAUCAUACGGCUGGUGUCAUUACCUUAUUCAUAACAUUGGCACCCAUCAGAUUCAUCACCUGUUCCCUAAGAUUCCCCACUACCACCUGGAGGAAGCAACAGAAGCAUUCCGCAAGGCAUUUCCCAAACUGGUGAACAUCCGCCAUGAACCCAUCAUCCCAGCCUUCUGGCGCAUGUUCAAGAAAUACGCCACGCAAGGUGUCAUCACCAACGAUGCUCAGGUCCAUCUAUACAAGUGA